AGGUGCCAACUCAAAAGACUGACAGCUGGAUUAGCAGCUCGGGGACUUUAAAAGCAGGAUCUCAGACCGGGAGAGGAGAAACGCACCGAGAGCAGAGAAACGAACAAGCUUAUCACACAGCUUCUGAAAAACACUGAACAACAAGUGACCAAAUAAAAAAUGGCUGACGUCGCAACUCCCGCUGAGAAGAAGGCCCCUCCCAAAUUCAAGCAGAGGGCCGCUCGCACCUUCAAGAGCAAGGCACCUAAACCAGGCCAGAAGGGUUUUGGUGAUGACAUUCCAGGCAUGGAGGGUCUUGGCACAGACUUCACAGUGGUCUGCCCAUGGGAAGCCUUCGGCGACAUGGAGCUCAGCGACUUGGCGAAAUAUGGAAUUGUUUAGCCCUCCUUUCUUUGCCUUCACCCUUCUUGCCACUGUUCUCCCCCAUGUGGUCCUAAUAUUGUCCAUCAGGUGGAUAAUCUAUUACCUUCAUGCUGCACAAAUGAAGCAGCUUUUGAUGUUGUAGAGGUUUGACCUGGAAAUAAAAGAGGAAUCCCUUCUGCA